AAUCAACUUCAAUUUGUGCUGAUUUACGCCUCUUAUCGUGCUCUUCCCCAUUUUUUUGUCAUGUCUGAAAAACUUCCUGAAUAUCAAAAGGUCGAAACAUCCCAUCCUUCAGAAGGGAUUGAGAUGGUUCCAAAAUCCGAAUUAAAAUAUGUCAGAAUCAAAUACUUUGUGGCAGGUGUUGGUGCCACUUUUCUCUUUUCAAUUCUUUGCAGCAUUUUGACUUUUUACGCCGUUCCUCAACAUCGUUUUAACUCCUUAACUUCAUCACAAUACCAUCAAAUUCACUCCAAUGUAUAUAGUUAUGAUUAUGAUAAUGAACUACAAACACCAAACACCGAUGAUGCUCAAGCCGAUGAAAUGUUUAAAAUUCUCAGCGCUGAUAAUAAUGAUGAUUCUCAUUCUACUAAAGAUGAAAAACAUGAAAAAUCUAAAAAUUACCACAAAAUGAUGAAACAUAGAUUUGGUCGUAAAGGUGGAAAAAAAUAUGGAGUUAAAGGUUACAAAUACCACAGUAAAGAAGAAAAAAAAAAUCAUAAAAAAUUCAAACACCAAGAUUGUGAUGGAAAAAAAAAAUUUUACCAAUUUAAACAUAAAAAAAUUGAUUCAAAACACAACGAAAAUGAAAAACCCGAAUUUAAAAACCUUGAAUUUGAAAAACAGGAAAUUGAACACCACCUUCAAGAUGAAAAACAUCAUCAAAACGAAAACCAUGAAUAAUUUCAAAAGCUAAAAAUAAUUAAGAAACAAAUUGUUGAGUUUUCUCCUUCUAAAAUUACUGAAAAUCAAGUUUCAAUUCUGAACUUUUUUAAAACAGCUUUACACUGAUACUUCUUUUUGUUUUUUAGAGCAUGUUUUUGUAAACUUAUUCUUCCUUAUUUCGUUUUGUUUUCGUAUAUUGAAUUGCUGAAUUUUUUAACUUUUUUAAAACCUUUUAUUUUUUUCAAAAUAUUAUCCAAUACUGUGUUACCGGUAUUGAAUCUAUUAAUUUUUAGUCAACUUUUUAAGAAUAAGGUGAUUUUUUUUUUUUCUAUUUAUUGACAUCUUAAUUUUAUAAACCAAAUUAAAUAUACACUCUUUAACAUUGCAAAGUAUUUCAAAUUUCAAAUUAAUAGCUAAAAUUUAAUCCAUAGCAUUUACGAAAAAAAAAUAAAAAAUAAAAAAAUAAAAACAUUAAAGGAGUAAUUUCCCUUGAAUAAAUGCAAAAUCU